AUGCGCAUGACACUAUUCGAAACCCUCCCCAGUCUCCAGAUCAAACCCCAGACAAUUCCCUGCACCGGCACCCUGAUCAUCUGUGGCUCUUCUCUCGGCUCUGGUGCGCGCAAAGUGCAUGGAAGCCUUGACGGAUGCCUUUUCUCUGUCGUCAUGGUGCCCGGACUAGUGUAUCAAUUCGCUGCAGCAUCCAACUACAGGUGUGAUUGGCACUGCUCCGAGAGCAUUGUUCUAUGAGGGGUGACAGUACAGCCUGCAAACUUCUCAUUACUUUUCUCAAUAGGUCUGGAAGUUCGAUAUGCAGGACCGCUAUUUUGGCCUACGCGGCGGCUGGUUGACCUUCUGGGUCACCGUCGCUUGUGGUACAGAUAUGACUCUCUUUGGGUUGGUCAGUGAAAGGCAUUCACACUCGUCAGGCAGGCUGAUGCUCUUGCGCCAUAGGUACGACCAAGGUGUCUUUGGAGGCGUGAUCGUAACCCCGGACUUCUUGAAUCAAAUGAACAUUGGGAACAACAGCUCUCUGCUCGGAACUGUUACGGCCAUCUACGAUGUUGGGUGUUUCUUCGGCGCGAUCUUGGCUUAUCUCAUUGGAGACAUCCUUGGCAGGAAGAAGAGUAUCCUACUCGGAACGACGAUCAUGAGCAUUGGUGCUCUCCUGCAAAUCACGGCGUAUGGAGUACCGCAGAUGAUCGUUGGACGAACCGUGGGUGGUAUCGGCAAUGGAUUGAAUACUUCUACUGCCCCACCUUGGCAGGCAGAGACGAGCAAGGCUGCCUGGAGAGGCAAGCUGAUUGUGAUCGAGCUCAUCUUGAAUAUUGCUGGUUUCAGCUUGUCUAACUGGGUUACGUUUGGUUUCAGGUAUAUGGCUUGCUUGCAAGAUCUUCUUGGGCAGAAAGAUAUGCCAAAUCGAUUCCUUGUCCAUCAGACUGACGUGACUGCAGCUAUCUUCCAGGAGGCGUAGCGUGGAGAAUUCCUCUCGCUCUGCAAUUCAUCUUUAUUGUGAUUCUAUUCGCAACUGUCCCAUGGCUUCCAGAGUCGCCGCGUUGGCUCGUCCAGAAGGAUCGAAUAGAGGAGGCCGAGCAGAUCCUGGCCGAUAUUGAAGGAACGGGAACCGCGAACCAUUACGUCCAGACGGAGCUGGGCGAUAUCAAGUACUCCACGGCAUACGAACGUCAACACUCUAUUCGUCUCCGCGAUCUCAUCCGUGGGCAGAAGGGCAACGAAGUUGGAUCUUGCACGCUCCGCCGGGUAAUUCUUGGAAUGGGCGCUCAGGCAAUGCAACAACUGUCCGGUAAGCACUCCGCACGACGAGCAUCUCGCUGUCUCCGAGCCACCUGCUCAUAGCGCUUUCUUGCAGGCAUCAACGUGACUAGCUACUACUUGCCAACGGUACUGAUCUCCUCGGUGGGCUUCGACAACCGCAUGGCUCGUCUUCUCGCAGCUUGCAACAGCGUCAGCUACCUCCUCUUCUCGUUUAUUGGCAUACCGAACGUCGAACGCUGGGGAAGACGCAAGAUGCUGAUGUACGCGGCUUCUGGACAAUGCUUUUGCUAUCUCACCAUCACUGUCCUGCUUCGCUACAGCGAGCUGCCAGGUUACCAAUACAAGACCGAAGUUGCCUCUGCUAGCGUUGCAUUCUUCUUCUUGUACUAUGUCUUCUUCGGCAUUGGGUUCCAAGGAGUCCCGUGGCUUUUCCCAAGCGAGAUAAAUUCACUAUCUAUGCGAAACAAGGGAGCUGCUUUGGGAACGGCUACGAACUGGAUCUUCAACUUCUUGUGAGACUUCCCCGACACAGCGGCUGAGCAUCCUCGUUGGUUGACGUCAGAUAGGGUCGUUGAGAUCACGCCAAAAGGCAUUGAAAGCCUUGGUUGGAGAUUCUACAUCAUCUGGACUGUCCUCAACUUUUCGUUUGUACCGACAGUAGUACGUGCCUGCGUCUUCUCAUCUCCGUUGAAAAGCUGACACGGUCCUCUAGUACCUCUUCUACCCUGAGACAGCAGGGCGCACACUCGAGGACUUGGACAGUUACUUUCGCGGACAGCCCAGUGCGCUCGUCUUCCGCGACAAAAUUGCCACGUCCUCCAAGCGGCCCGUGGAGUUCAUUGAGAGGGAGGAAGAAGACGUGCUUAGACAAAGCUCUGUCAAUCUGCGUGCUGCCAGUCUUGCGGCGGGCCAUAACCGAUCUCGAUCGACUGAGAAUGCGGAGCUUGGAAGGAGGUCCUCGUAUAACAGUGGUGAGGGUGGAAAGAGACAGGAGCUGGCAUACAGGGAGCAGAUACGGUUGUGA